GGAUGACUCGUAUAUUUUGCGACAGAACGCACAAACACCGGCUCGCCGUCGCUGCCUGAGCUCUGCUGCCAGAAAAUGGUGUACCGUGUGGGUGGGAGAAAAGAAAACACAUCCCGUGUGUUUAUGUUUCAGCCAACUGUUUACACUGUGAUACAAUGCUCUUCUGAGAAUCAAACGCCAGCCUUUCUUUUGUUUUGGUGAGGAGGAAGACGCCGUAGUGUUGCAUGAUUCCCCAUUGGAAGGAGUAAGCCUUGCUGACAGAGGUUCACAGCAGACAGACACUUUACCAGCAUACAAAUCUCAUCCCUGGACUCCUGCAGGAGCCAGCUUUUGCUUCGCAACCAGAUGACGCUAACUGCCUCCCCUGAAGCAGCACUCACAGAGGACUCCACCUGUAACUCCCGUGCACCGUGCUGGGCUCCAGUAGCCCACCCAUGCCUGUGAUCCCCAUCCCACGGCGGGUGCGCAGCUUCCAUGGCCCCCACACCACCUGCAUGCACUCGGCCUGUGGGUCGACGCAUGCUUCCAAGCUAGUGCGCACCAAGUACAAUAACUUUGACCUCUACCUGCGCUCACGGUGCAUGUACAGCUUCCUCCGGUUCCUCCUCUACUUUGGUUGCAGUCUGCUGACCUCCCUGCUCUGGGUGGCGCUCUCUGCUCUCUUCUUCCUGCAGUACGUCAGCGUGCGGGUGCUCCUGCGGCUGCAGUACAAACUGUCUGUCAUCCUGCUGUUGUUGGGGCACAGGCGCCUAGACUUUGGGGUGCUUAAUGACCUGAUCAUCUACAGCAUGCAGAUCACCAUGUUUUUGGUGGGAGGGCUCGGCUGGUGCUUCAUGGUGUUCGUGGACAUGUAGCUGCAGUGUGAGCAGCUUUGGAAAUGCAGCGUAUGAUGUGGGUGAAUCUCACUGUAACUUAAGUGUUGUGUGUUGUUAUGGGACAAUAUAGACUCUGUAUUGCUCUUGGCUCUAGUUUCAAAUAUGAUAGAAUUUGAUAAGAAUGUCCGUAGCAAUUUUGUGUACAGUCCUUUAAAAUUGUUGGUCUUGUAUAACUUGGCAAGAACCACCUGGUUCCUUAAUAUUAAAAGUGAUGCACGAAGUCAGUGUGAACUCAAGAGUCAAGCUUUGAGUCAUCAGGACUUCCAUUUAUAAACUACAAAUUUAGGUAUCUUCUCUAGAAACUGAUUUGUUUACAAUAUUGGGAAAUGUUUAAUGUCUAAGUUAUUGUUGCAUGGAAAAGUGAGCAAACACAUGACUGAUGUGCGUCAUGGCUGUGUGAUGCAAGACAGUCAUUUGUGCCAAAUCACGAGUUAAGCUUCAAACGCAAAAGUGUACCAUUAUCCUCAGGAUGAGAUUAUUUUGAUAAUGUGGUAUGUAAACACAAUGUCACACAUACAUGUACCACAGAGAUGAUGUACAGUAACAUGGUGGAUAAAGUGACCAAAAACAAGUUGUCAACUUUAUGUAAUGUGCUUUUGUGGUGCAGAAUAGGAAACUGACAAACUAUAAGUAACAAACAUCAACUUUUUUUUUUUUGUAAAGUUAUUAAAUAAAUUUCCUGUUCUGAUGAAA